AUGGCUGCCAAUAAUACCUCCCAGCAUCCUCCGAGACGACCGGUGCCGGCGCCCUCCAAUCAGGUCAUCCUCGAAUCGCAGAAACAGUGGUAUUUCACAGAUGAAGAGCUUACGAGAACACCGUCAUUGCUGGAUGGGAUGAGCAUGGAAACGGAGCAUGUGCAGCGUAGCAAAGGAGUCAAUUUCAUUGUCCAAGUGGGCAUCAUGCUGAAGCUUCCUCAGCUCACAUUGACGACUGCCGCCGUUUUCCUACAUCGGUUCUUUGUACGGUACAGUAUGGUCGAUCUUCCUCGAAGGCCCGGCUUGCAUCCGUACUCUGUCGCAGCAGGGUGUCUGUUUCUGGCAAGUAAAGUGGACGAGAACACACGGAAGAUAAAGGAAUUCGUCAUCGCCUGUUGUCGCGUCGCGCAAAAGAACAACAAUCUUGAAGUCGACGAGCAAAGCAAAGAAUUUUGGAGGUGGAAAGAUACACUAGUGGCCUAUGAAGAUUUGUGUCUGGAGGCAUUAUGCUUUGACCUUCAAUUGGAACAGCCGCACAAGAUCUGCUAUGAUUUCCUCUGCUAUUUUGGCAAGAACGACCACAAAGCAUUGCGAAAUGCCGCCUGGGCGUUUCUCAAUGAUUCCAACUACACUGUUCUCUGCCUGCAGUUCUAUCCCCGGACUAUUGCUGCUGCUGCUCUUUGGGCGGGCGCCAGACUGUGUGAUGUGGCGUUUGAGGAUGACGAGGAAGGCCGUCCUUGGUGGGAACAACUCGAUGUCAAUCUCUCAGAAGUUCAGCGCGCCGUCAGUCGUAUGGUUCAGCUUUACGAAAGAAAUAUUACUGUCCACAGGCAGGCGCACGAGUACCCGAAUAUCCCGGAAGAUGGCGACAAUGCCCAGGAAUCCACACGGAUCGUCAACCCGAAUCCUCAUAGCGUAUCAGAGUCGAUGUCUGCAGCAGAAUUGAAUGGUCGUAAACGAUCGAGAGAAGCGGAAGCGGAGGACAGCCAUCAACAGCGCUUGUCUCCAACGAGGAAACCCUCAUUAUAUGAAAGCAACCGCACACGUGAGCGGUCACCGAAACGCCAACGUUUGACACCUGAUCCCUCCCGCAGUCCCCGGAGUUCGUCAGGAGCCCAGCGCCCUCUUGCAAAUGGCCACCAUCAAACACCUCGGCCAGCCAACUCACGUAUUCCGUCUGCCGCUAUAGAUGACGCAUAUCGACGACGACAGCAGCAGCAGCAACAACCACAAUAUCCUCCCCCUCCACCGCCGCCUCCGCCUGUAGGUGUUGAUGGACAGACUCCUUCAGGUUCUGUUGAUCCUGUGCAACAACGGAUAGAUGAGAUUGUGCAGCAGGGACUGGCGCGAAAUGAGAAACUCGGCCCCAAUCGCAAUGACAACUACCACCACCACUCCAACCGUCACCGUGAGCGAGACCGGGAUAGAUAUAGGGAUCAUGAUAGGUAUAUGGAUCGGGGUCGCGAUUGGCGCAGGUCAGAUAGUUACGAAGGCGGCGGAGGAGAGUAUAGAGACCGAGGUCGCAGCCGAGACUACCGCGACAACAACAUUAACAACUAUAAUGACCGACUACCGCGCGAGAAAAGGCCGUCCACGGAAUCAUCUACACUGCCACAACAACGAACCAGCAAUAACAGCCAGCUACCAAACGCGCCAUCGUCAUCGCGACAGAAAGCCAACGAGGAAAGAGACCGACAAGGCAAUGAAGAAGGGGAGAUAACGGAAGAUAGGGAAGAAGGUGAGAUUGUCGUUGAAACUACGAACCGUGACCGUGAUCGUGAUCAUGGUCAUAGUCAUAGUCAUAGUAGUGCCGUGAAUAAUAGUAAUAAUAAUAACCACCAAGGUGCCGAGGAGACAAAGGUCGGGGGCAGUGGUGGUAAUAAUGGUGAUGAUUAUGGGGGUGGAAGUGAGGAGGGAGAGGUUUGA